AUGGCAUCUGUAGAGGAGUUGGAGGAGGAGGAGGAGGAGGAGGUGGAGGACGUCGAGCCUUUAGUGUACGACCGGGCGAAGUGGGUGGCCUGGGCGGUGGAGGAGAAGGAGUGGUCCCGGCGGGAGGAAGAGGAGAAGGCUCGGAAGCGGGAGGAGAACCGGCGGAGAAGCGAGGCACACGACAAGGUCAUGGACUCCAUCAUCGAGCACGAUCCCAAGGUGGGGCGCGACGUCUACACCCGGUUUUUCCUCAGGGACUUCUCCGUCUUCAACAUCGACGAGGAGUCGUCUGUCCCUCCAAUGCGAUACACUGAUAGUAUCUACCAAGAUGAAUUUGGGCUAGAAGACUCUGCAAACAUCCUCUCCGUCAGCAUAGUCUCCUCAGAUGCAGGCUUCCCAGUCGAUGUCUAUGGCCGUGUCAUUGCCAGAGACAGCAUUGACUACAAGUGCAUUUAUCUCUUUCACCGCAAUAGAGAUGAUUGCCAGCGUGUCAACGAGGAUGGAAUGCUGAUUUUAACUGGCCCAUAUCGAGGUCUAGUGCUGGUUGAUUUCAUCUAUCUAGAGAUAGAUCUUAAAAUAAGGGAAGAAGGAGUUCCAGACAGGCCAUUUAGCAAGGGUCUAAUAAGCAUUGAUGGCCAGAGUACUGUCUAG